AUGGUGAAUUUAGUUGGUUUGAAAAUUCAAGGAAUCCGUAGUUUAUCUGAAAAUUAUCAUUGUAUUCACUUUAACGAUACAAUUACUUUAAUACAAGGUGAAAAUGGGUCAGGGAAAACUACAAUUAUUGAAGCAUUAAAUUAUGCCACAACUGGUUCACUUCCAUCUGGUAAAGUUAAUGCUUUCAUUCAUAAUAAUACAUUAGCACAGAAAAAUCGUGUUGAUGCUUCCGUACAACUUCAAUUUAUUAAUGUAGAAGGUCUUUUAUGUACAAUUACUAAACGUAUGAAUUCCUCUGUUAAAGGUGGAAGAAAUUUGACUAAACAAGAUGAGUAUACAUUAACAGUAAAAAAUUUAAAUGGAUCUGAACAAAGCAUUUCUUCUAAAGUUUUUGAUUUUAAUAAAGAAGUGGUUAAACAUUUUGGAGUUUCUAAAGCAGUCUUAGAAAAUGUAAUAUUUUGUCAUCAAGAAAAUUCACAAUGGCCAUUAUCUGAACCAAAAAUGUUAAAAAAUUAUUUUGACUCAAUUUUUGAAGUUACAAAAUAUGUCAAAGCUAUGGACCAUGUAACAAAGAUGACUAAAGACUAUGAAUCUGAAAUUAAAUCUAUUGACACUGAAUUACCUUAUUUGGAAAGUGAUCGUAAUGAACAUCUUAGAAUGAUUGAACAACAUAAAGAUUUAUCAAGAAAACUCGAAUAUUUGACAUCAGAAAUAUCUUCUACAGAUUGUGAAAAAGGCAAAUUGAAUAAACGUUUACUUGAUACACGUAAUCAUCGUAUUCAAGCAGAAGAAGCUGAUAAAAAAUUAAUGUUAUUGCGUAAUCAACUUUCAAUUCUUGAAAAACAAGCUGAUGAAAUGAAGGAUAUUUUGGAUUAUAAUGGUUCAACAAAAGAAUUGGAAGAUGAAAUUAAUAUUAUAUCAUCAUCUUGUGAAGUUAUAUCAUCACAACUUGAAAAAAAAAAACUUGAAGAAAAGAUAGAAAAUAUUAACAAACAAAUAAAAAAUACUGAAUUUAAAUUGCAAAAUUUUCAAGAUGAAUUAAUGAAAUAUGAAAUUGGAAAAAGACAAAUGAAUGAAUUGUUAUCUGAGAAAGAGCGUAUUAAAUGUCAACUUGAAAAUGAUCUUUCAAUAGUAAUUAAUGAAGAUACUGAUAUUUUAAAAAAAGUGAGAGAUAUAAAAAACAUUUGGGAAUGUCAAUUUGAUGAAGUUAUGAGAGAUAUUAAAACAAGGAAUAGUGACAAAAAACGGGUUUUGAACAAUUUGAAGAACCAACUUGCUCAAUAUGAAGAAAACAUUUCUUUGAAAAGAGAAGAUAUUAAAACAAAAAAAUUACUAAUAUCUAAACUUAACAAUGAUAUAAUUGAGUUGAAAAAAUCACAGUUUCAUAGAGAUAGAUAUUCAAAUAAAAUAUCUAAAUUAGAACAAGAAAUUAAAAAUUUUGAUGAAUCAUUUGAUGAUUCUACAUCAAUUUUACAACAAAUCAACAGUACACAAGAAAGUAUCGAUAUUCUAAAAAAUUGGCAUAAAUUACUAUCUGAAAGAGAAGACAUUAAAUCUAAAAUUGACAAAAAAGUUGAAGAAAAUGGAAAUAUGCUUAAAAAAGUUUUUACACGUAAACUACCUUCUGGUAAUUCAGCACAAAUUUUAGAAAGACAUCUUGGUAUGGUUGAAAAAAGUCUUGUUAAAAGUAAAGAAAAAAAUAGAGAAAAAGACCAAAUAUGGUCUGAAACUAAACGUGAAAUAAUUGAAUUAACAAGAUGUAUUAAUGCUAUAGAAAAAAAUUCAACAUGUUUAUCCAAUGAUUCAACUAAAUCUAUGGAUACGCAAAAUUGCUCAAAAGAAAGACUAGAAGAAUUAAAUGACAUAAUUGAAGAAAUUGGUUGUAAAAAAUGUAGAGAAAAUAGUGAAUUAACAACAAAUUACCAUAAUUUAUUUGAGGCAAGAAAAAAUUUCAUAGAUUAUGUUUUUAGUGAUAAAUUUGUUGAAAAUCAAUCUGCUUUAAAGCUACCAAGGUUAAAAGAGAAACUCACCGCUAAAAAAGAUAUUUUUAUUAAGUAUGAAAAUGAAAGAAAAGAUAUUCAGAAUGAGGUAGCAAAGAUUAAGGAAAAGUUAACAAAUAUGAAAUGUCUUCAAAGAAUUGUUAUUGAACUUGAUUGUUUAAAUACUAGGCUUCAAGAAAUAGAAAAAAAUAUAGCUGAAACUAAAGAAAAGUUUGAAAAUAUAGGAAUGAACGACAGUGGUUUUUCUAAUGAUUCUUUUGUUAUUAACGAUAUUGAUAAACUUUUAAACAAUUUUAAUGAUGAACUAAAACAACUUUAUUCUAGUUUAAAAGAAAGUGAAAACGUAAAUAAAUUGAAAUUUGAGCAAAUGAAACAAUUAGGAAAUUUAAAAGAACGAUCAGUAACUGUUAAUGCAACAAAAGCAAUUAUUGGAAAUUUUAAAGAAUUAAUAAAAGAUCAUGAAAUUGCAAUCAAGGAAUAUAAUGAUCACAUACUUGCAGUUGAAAGUCAGAAAAAUUCUAUUGUCAAAGAAAUAUCAGAUCUAGAAAAUGAGAUAAAAAUUAUCGAAAAUGAAUUUGAAAUAAAAGAAAAACAAGGAAAUAAAAGGUUAAAAGAAUUAAAUAAUUAUAUUUCACUUUUAACAAAUAUUAGUGAAAAAUUAUCUAAAUUUGACAAUUACACUAGUAAACUUGUUGAAUCAACUGCAACACAAAUUACCGAUUAUACUGAAACUCUUAAUGGUUUAAUAAAACAACGUAAUACUUUAGAAUUAAAAUUAUCUGGAUUAUUUGCUCAACAAAAAAAUUUUAAAUUACUUGAAGAACAGUUAAGAAAAAGAAAAAUAACAAAUGAAAUUAUUGAGACUGAAAAUGCAAUAGAACAGAGUGAAUUAAAAUGUUCUAAUUUGAAAAUUUUAAUUAAGAAAGAAUCAACACUUGAAAAUCAAAUACAAAAGUUAGAACUUGAAAAUUGUGCUAAUCACCAAUCACAUGAUUCCAUAUUAUCUAAUAUUAGGGAAAUUCAACUUACUAUAAAUAAAAAUAAAUAUGCAUCAGCAAGUGAUAGAUAUAAAAAAAAAGCGGUUAGGAAAGUUGUUUUAAAAAAAGCAAUUAGAGAUUUAGAAAAGUAUAAAUUAAUUCUUGAUAAAUCUAUUAUAUCAUUUCAUAACACAAAAAUGUCAGAGGUAAAUUUAGCUCUUGAAGAAUUAUGGAAAAGAAUAUACAAAGGAAAUGACAUUGAAACUAUAAGAAUAACUUCAAAAACAAAAGAUGACUCUUCUAAAAGAAUGAGUUAUGAUUAUAUGGUUAUGAUGGUAGUAGAUGGUGUAGAAAUGGAUAUGCGUGAUAGAUGUAGUUCUGGUCAAAAAAUGUUGGCUUGCAUCUUAAUUCGUGUAGCACUUUCUGAAGUAUUUUGCCUUAAUUGUCCAAUUCUAGCUUUAGAUGAACCUACGACAAAUUUAGAUAUUGAUAAAGUAGAAAGUAUUGCUGAAAUGCUUACAGAGUUAGUAAAUUAUCGUUCAAAAGGUUUACCAAUUGUACCAAAAGAUGAUUGUUGUGUAGAAGAAGUUUUAGAAUACGAAAAAGCUUUAGAAACAGCUGAACAUAAUACAUUAAAAAAACAUAGAAAUUUUCAGCUUAUUGUAAUUACACAUGAUGAACAUUUGGUAUCAUUAUUACAUAGAAAUUUCAAACCACAAAAUGUAUAUAGAUUAAGUAAAGACGCAAAUGGUGUUUCUACCAUUAAAGGGCAUUCAAGUAUUGAAUAA